GGUUGGAAACCCACCAGCAAGUGGGGGCUGCUGAGGAAAAUGGUUCACAGUGUCUCACCAGAAGCAUUCUGUGGCACAAUCACCUGAGGGGCCUUCCAGAGGUGGUUGCUGGCCCCCAGGUGCCACUACCUGCUGUGCCCAGAGGAGCCUGAUGCUGAAAGCUGUGUCUGCUUCGCUAGCUAGGAGCCAGGAAGCUGCCCACACUGUAGGAGCACAAGCUGGCACACAGCACUGAGGAUUUCACCCAGGACUUUGAGCAUGCAAGCACAAUAAAGCUGACAAAGUAUGAUGAUGUAGCAGUGUGACAUGCGGAGAUCAAUGGAUACCUGCUUCAGGAGAAUCUUAUGUAAGGCAAAGCUGCCCAUCUCCCCAUUCAUUUCACAGAUGUCAUCAGUAUAAGGAGCCCUGCUCUCAUCACCUCCUUGAUGUAGGUUGUGCGCAUGGCUCUCCGCGUCAGGGUUGCUCCAAGCAAGGUUGUUCUACAGAACCUUAUUACAUGCCUCAUCCUGUUCUACUUCGUGUACUAUGUGUCUCUGAGCAUGUGCUGCCUGAUACUCCAGGUGUACGAAUUGGAUGUCCUGGCACCAUUUGAUUUCAAAACCAAUCCUUCAUGGCUCAAUACAAAUUAUAAAGUUCUUUUAUUCUCAACAGAGGUCACCUACUUUGUUUGUGGAUUGCUUUUUGCUCUGGUUGUGGAAGAGUGGGUUUGGGAUUAUGCUAUUUCAGUAACUAUUCUUCAUGUUGCUAUCACUUCAACUGUCAUGUUGGAAUUCCCCUUAACAUCACAUUGGUGGGCUGCUUUAGGAGCCGGCUUAAUUUCAAUGAUAUGUGGAGGCCAGACUUUAGCAUACUGUUUAUUCAAAGACAACUUUAUAUAUCCAGAUCUGGGUAAUUUUUAGCAGUACAGAUGGAUUAAUUUGCCUCAGAAUUUCUAUCCUGUAACAUAUAUUACAUCAAAGUUAAAUUUUACUUUUUGUUUAUGUUCAAGGUUGAAUUUGUUUAGUAUACUUUAUAACAAUAAACGAGAGAUAAAUGGA